UUUCAAACGAGUUGAGAUGUUCACCUGAAACGAUGCAACGACUCUCAAGGACAUUCCCUUCCGUAAAGCACCCAAACCCUAAAUCCCCAAAAAUAUCAUCUUUGCCUCGAUCGCUGCCAAUCAAAUCAGACGAAGCAACAUCGAACUCUCCAUCAAAAUCAAGAAGGUCAUGGUCUGUGUAUCUCAUCCUUUCCACCAAUACCCCCAUAAAGACCUACGUUGGUGUCACCACUGAUUUCUCUCGCCGUUUGAAACAACAUAAUGGUGAACUAAAAGGGGGUGCAAAAGCAUCCAGUGCUGGAAGACCAUGGAUUUGUGCAUGCCUAAUACAUGGUUUCAAGGACCAAAGUGAAGCUUGUGAGUUUGAAUCCAAAUGGAAAAGUUUAUCAAGAAGCUUGCCUAGGAAAAGAAAGAAUGACAACAAGGUGGAGCAAGUAAAGCAUUUGUCACUUCCAUUGCUGCAACACAGGCAAGCAGCUCUAAAUAGAGUUAAAGGUUUGCUGGAUUGCACUCGUUUAGAAAUUGAUUGGAAACUCGGCCUUUUGUGAUUUGAUAAUUAUAUGGCAUUGUAAUUAAUAUGUUUAUAACUAGAAAUGUUGUAAAACUCAAAAAGAUCAAUCAUACUUUUAAGGAACGAACUAUUGCUAGUCUGAGAUUGUUGUAUACUUAUAUGAGAACACAUUUAUUCUUACUCCUCAAGCUUUUCAAGGUCCGUUAUAUGCUCAAGGGAAGCAAGUAUUAAACAAUAAAGUUAUGUAUGCCUCAGCCAAAUGUAAUAGGGACAUUGCUAAAGCGAAUUCUAAGAAGUGUAUUGAU